AUGCCCGUCGUAAAAGGUGGCGUUUGGACGAAUAUCGAAGACGAAAUCGUCAAGGUUGCUGUUUCCAAGUACGGUCUCAAUCAAUGGGCUCGAGUGUCUUCGCUUCUUGCGCGCAAAACACCGAAACAAUGUAAAGCCAGAUGGUCAGAAUGGCUAGAUCCAGCCAUCCGGAAGAUUGAAUGGUCUAAAGAGGAGGAUGAAAAAUUACUUCAUCUGGCAAAGCUGAUGCCUACGCAAUGGCGAACCAUUGCACCCAUUGUUGGGCGAACAGCUACGCAAUGCUUGGAAAGAUAUCAGAAACUAUUAGAUGAAGCUGAAGCACGGGAAUCAGACGAGCUCGGUUUGGGCGGCCCUGCAGGCGGCGAGGCUUCUGCACCUAGUGCAGAUGAUGUUAGGAGGCUACGUCCGGGAGAACUUGACCCUGAUCCUGAAUCUAAGCCUGCGCGCCCCGAUACCAUCGAUCUUGACGAGGACGAAAAGGAGAUGCUUAGCGAAGCACGAGCGCGCCUUGCCAACACCCAAGGCAAGAAAGCGAAGCGAAAAGCUAGAGAACGCCAAUUAGAGGAAUCCCGCCGACUUGCAGUCUUACAAAAACGAAGAGAGCUCAAAAAUGCGGGAAUCAAUAUCAAAGUCGUUACCAGAAAACCUGGUCAAAUGGACUACAAUGCAGAUAUACCGUUUGAGAAAGCGCCCGCCCCGGGCUUUUAUGACACCCUCGAUGAACAGUCAAAGAACGAGCGUCAACGUGCGAAUUUCGACCCCCGCAAGCUCCAACUAGCAAGCAAACGGAAGGGGGAACAGGAAGAAGACGACGAUAGGAAGCGGCGGAAGAAUGAGAAAAACGGUUCAUCUUCUGCUUUUGCGGCUGCCGCUAAAGCGGGCCAGAUGCAGCGAAUUCGUGAAGCAGAGCAGAGCAGCAAGCGUCGCGCACUGGUUCUCCCAAGCCCACAGGUUGGUGAAACAGAACUAGAAGAGAUUAUCAAGAUGGGGAUGGCUGGAGAACGUGCAAGUAAGAUGGCUGGUGAAGAUGGUAAUGAUGGAACUCGAGGGCUUGUUGGCAAUUAUUCUACUAUUGUAGGGAACACGCCUAUUCGAACACCCAGGGCACCACCGGAAGAGGACAGGAUUGCCAAUGAGAUCCGAAAUAUAAAAGCGUUGACAGAGACUCAGUCGUCCCUUCUAGGUGGCGAGAAUACCCCUCUCUAUGAAGGGGGCUCAACUGGCUUCGAGGGAAUAGCGCCUCGCCAACACCAGAUGGUUACCCCUAAUCCUAUGGCAACGCCAUUCCGUCAGGGUAUGGGCAAUGGGGCCAACGCUACCCCUAUGCGUGCUGGGCCCGGUGCUACGCCGCUAAGAACCCCCAGAGAUUCUUUAAUGAUUAAUCCAGAAACAGGAGAUCCUUACCAGCUUGUAGGCAGUACGCCCAGGGAAGUCAAAAUGCGGGAAAGUUUUGCGAGACAAAAUUUAAGAGCCCAACUUUCUAGCCUACCCAAGCCUAAGGAAACCGAAUGGGAGUUAGAGGAAAUGCCUUCGGAGCAACCUGUGCCAGAGUCCUCUAUUGAGGUUUCAGAAGAGGAUGCAUCUGAGCGCGACAUGAGAAACAGGGUCGCAGCCGAGAAAGCAGCAGAAAUAGAAUUUAAACGGCAGACAAAAGUCUACCAACAGGGGCUUCCUCGCCCAAUCUCAGUCAAUAUCCGCCUCCUAAUGGAGGAUGCAGAUAAAAUAGACGACCCUGCUCGCCGCCUUAUCAUGCUUGAAAUGGCUAAACUGAUUGCGAAUGAUGCUCGAAAGUUUCCUUUGCCAGGGUCCAAAGUUGAGGGUAAAAUCCCGAAGCUAGACAUGUUAAGUGAUGACCUGAUAUCGAAGGCAAGAGAAGAGGUCACCGCAGAGGCCGCGAAACUUGGAACACAGCAGCAGUGGAAUGACAGUUUCCAUUCAUCAUGGUCGGUCCAUCAUGAGUCUACCUCUGCUUUGCCUGGACUUUCCCUCUAUAGCGAGGAAGAGGAAGAAGAAGAUCAAUCCCGUUUCAGGCAACAGAGGAAUGAGAUGGCUCAUGCGUUUGAUAGUGUUCAGGCCAGUUUGCUGCAAGCCGCUGAACAAGGCAACAAACUGGAGAAGAAAGUUGCACUACAUUAUGGGGGAUAUCAGGCUCGAGCAAAGGCGCUACGAAAUAAGAUAAUCCAAGCUGAUGACGCCCUCAGCAAAGCUGCCACAGCGCUCGACUCGUUCCGCACCCUACAAAUUGCGGAGGAUGCAGCAAUUAGCUUACGAUUCGAAGGUAUUCGGGACGAGGUAACCUUUAUUACGAGGCGAGAGCGCGAGGCACAGGAACUCUACAGGGCUAGAAAAGACGAGCUUGAAUCUUUGGGUGGAGUGAAUGGAUGGCAUUGA